CGGAGGGAAAUUCAACAGAAGUUUGAGGAACUCUUAUUGGAUUACCAGAUCAGUGAAAAUGAAAGCCUGCAAGAUGUCACAUUUGAAGACCGGAUGAGAAACCUCCAGACUGAGCUGACAGUCCAAUACUUUAGAGAGAAGCACCUCUCCAUUUGGCCUCUUUUUACCUUGGAGAAUGCCAUCAAGUAUGGAGAUCUCUCUCUAACUGAGAGGUUCAGUAUCCUUAAGGCUGUGACAGAGGUAACACUGGCAGGCAACCCGGAUGCCGUCAGUGGGGAUGUCCACCAACUUGAGUGGGCCAAGAGGUAUAACUUCCACCUCCGUCUUCUUGAGCAUCUGAACGGUUCAAAUUCCACUCUGGCAGGUAAACUUCUUUUGGCUUUUUUUGACACAUUUACAGAUGUGUCUCAGACCAGCAGGGAGCUCCUUAGUCAAAUUCUCUUCAGUAACAUCUGGACACCUGUAGAGAUCCUGCUCUUUCUUCGUGGGGUUGCUUCCAUGGACCAGAAUAAAACUGAUUCAAUCCUUCAUACAGUGCAGACCUACAGGCUGGGUCUUCUCUCCACUCUCUCUGCCGUCAGAAAUAAUGAUCCCAAUAAGACUCUACAGGGGUAUGCAGAAGAAGAAACUGACAAAGAUAUUGACACCAUUUUGAGUGAAAUGCAUGAUGCAAAUUACCCCGAAAAGGUCCUCUCUAUAAUGGAGAAUAUCUUAGGACAUAUAGCAGAGAAGCUUUCAAAAGAUGCCAUGGAAGACCCUAAGAAGAACCUGAGCAAGAGAGAAAAAAUUGAAAUGGUCAAAGAUGUUAAGAAAAAAAUUAAAUUGUUGCAUUUUGAUGAGGCCGACAACACUAUCCUCAAGGAAGUUCUUAUUAAAAUGUGUUUUGCUGUUAAAGACUGCUCAACCAUUACCACUCAAAGUGGAGAGGAAAUAGAGGGAUAUUUUCCAAGACUCACCCAGCUGGCAUCAUUACUCAUGCUACUUCUACCAAAGACAACAUCAGAUAAAGGAUGCCUCUUAGAAAUUGGCACAGGAGAAGGAAAGUCUUGCAUUCUAGCUAUGUUUGCAGCAAUCCAGGCCAUCAGAGGGGCCACAGUCGACAUUGUGACCAGUUCUCCAGUCCUUGCACGACGGGACCAAGAGGAGUGGAGAAAACUUUAUGACAUGUUUGAUAUCACAUCCUCUGUUGUGCCUCCACCACCGUUGAUGAAGAAGAGCAGCCCUAAAAGCUGUGACAAAAUGCUACAGGACGCUUACAAAAAACAAAUUGUGUAUGGAACCGUAAGUGACUUUGCAGCAGACACUUUGAGGCAGGAAUUUGAGAAAAACACCACUCGUGGGGAGAGGAAGUUUGACUUAGUGAUUGUGGAUGAAGUAGAUUACAUGACCUUGGACAGUGGAGUGCAGGUGACCUUCCUGUCUCAUGAAGCCAGUGGCCUUAGGCACGUUGAGCAAGUCCUUGCUAGCAUUUGGUGCAUGAUAUCUGUGUGUCGGCCUAUUGAAAUGAAAGAAACGGGGGAGAUUGAGUGGAUAACUGGGAUACAGCAUUUUCACAAGGCUGCAAAGAUGGCUGUUAUGGGCUCAGACAAAUCUGAAUACUUCUCUGAAAUUGAUAUUCUGCGCACAGGGUUGCAGUUUGGAUUUUACACAAAGGAAGACAUUGAUACAUUGAUGCAGAGUGAAAGUGAGGCACAAAGAGAUGGUAAUGCUGAUGAUUUUCAAGAUGAGAAUUGGAAAGCUAUUGAGGUGUUCAUGACUAAAAUUGGAGUGGAACAACAAUAUGAUAUUCUCAGUAUUCUUGAGAAAGCAUUAGAUCAAAGUGUUUUCAUCGACUGUUACACAUUAACAAAUAAUACAGCCACAUCAAUUGGAGAGAAAAAGAGGGACGGUGACAUGAAAAUCAAAAUGCUUCUCCUCAACAAUGGACGAGCUAGUGAAAUCAUGUCUGAAAAAUCACUAAUUGAUGCAGUUGUUCUUGAGAUACAAUCUAAAAUCAUAUAUUCGGACCAAUGUCAGCCAAACUCAGAAGAAACCACAAAGUCUAUUGUGAUCCCCUUCUUCCUUAAGAAAUACAUUGAGAAUCGGAUGCCAGUCUUUGUGGGAAAUGCCUUAAAAGCCAUUGCAAUGAAACAAGGCAGAGAGUACAUGAUUGGCAUGUCUUCUGAAGCUAAUCCAAGCACUGUCAGUGAGUCUGACAAACAUUUCUACCAUGCCAUCAUCCCAGUGGACUACCAGGCCAGUGGAGUACUGGAAAAGAACAAACGCUGGGGUGACGGCCUUCAACAGUUUCUAGAGAUGAAGCACCAGUUGGCCAUAUCGUCGCUAUCCAAUGUUACAAAUUAUAUGUCAAAUAUCCAUUACUUUAAAAGAUACCUUACUGGGAGUGGCAUAUUUGGUGUUUCUGGAACAUUAGGUGGAAAUGCAGACAAACACUUCUUGAAAAGGCAUUACAAAACAGACAGCUAUACAAUACCGGCUCACAGGCACAAUAAGGUAGUCGAACUUCCCGCUCUUCAGGUGAGCGGUGAUGACUUAAAAUGGAUACAGGUAGUCUGUGAAAGUGCAUGGAAAGCUGCCGACAGGGACCAGGUCGUCUUGGUGGUUUGUGAGGAUGUAAAGACAGCAAAUGAAUUACAGGUGGCAAUGGCCAACCGAAGAGCAAAUCCCCGACAUCCAAUCACCAUGUACACGAUCAGUGAGAGAGACAACAUUGAGCAAACCACAUUCAGUGGGGGAAACAUCAUUAUCGCCACCAAUCUAGGAGGACGUGGAACAGACAUUAAAUUGGAGCAGAAAGUGAAUCAAUGCGGUGGACUUUUUGUCCUUCUCACGCACUUUCCUGACAAUCGCCGAGUGGAGAAACAGCUGUUUGGACGCACAGCCAGAAAAGGAAAUUCCGGCAUGGUGCAAAUGAUACUCCACUGUGACCAACUGGCACCAGCGUACCAGGGUCAGCCUGUGGAGAUCAUGAGGCAGCUAAGAGAGGAUCAUGAAAUCCAACGCAUCACUGGUAUGGAAACAAAUGAGCUGCAGGAAAUUGACAGUAAGGAAAAACUAUUUUCCACAGUUUGCAAAUUUCUUGACAAUUUUGACAGCAACUACUCAGAAAAAGAGAAAGAAAACCUGUUGACAAUGAAGGUGGAGGAACAUUGUUUCAGACUUCAAGGCAAUAAGCUUGAUUACCAGCCAGCACUCAAUGCUCUGAAAGAAGCCUGGGCAUUGUGGCUGACCCUUCAUGAGAACCAUAUCGAGAGGCAUGAUGAUAUCUCUGACUUGGAAGCAGACUUGCUUCAACAAUUGACAAACACAAGCAACAUGAUGUUGAAAGGACAAAGCCAAAAUUUCUAUGAUCAUCUUAAGCAGGCUGUUGUUAGAACCAACCUGCACUGCCGUGAUAAAACCAAGUGGGACUAUGAUGCAAAAUCCUCCUGGCAGAAAGCUGCAAAAUGUGACCCCUUUUACAGAGCAGUGGCACUCUACAACCAAGCUUACAUCACGAUUAACCUGGCAGAAAGUGACUAUAAAGCAGUGGCUAGUGAAUUACUGCAGGAAGCAAAAGACACUCUGAGUGUCUAUAUCUCUGAAACAACUAACACUUUGAAUGCUUGUCAGAUGGCAAUGAGGGGCAACUUUGAGCCACAUCAUGAUGGUGUCUGCAAUUUCCAAAGUCAGAUGCAAUCUAGGAUGAAUAUUUUCCAAGCUUGGGUGGGAUACAUAAACAGUGCACUGAAAAAACUUGCAGAGCUAAAGAACAGCAAAAGUAGCACCAUAACAGAGGAUUCCUCAGUGUAUGCACUCUCAGACGGGACAGACUAUGUCACCAAAAACGAACUCAUGGCCCUGUAUGAGUACGGCCUUGGCAUGGUGUUCGAAGUAAAAGAGAAGCCAAGGUUCAACAUUGAUGGUCUUGUGUGUUUUUUACUGGGUGCAUGUCAGGUUCUGGCUGGAGUUCUUGUUUGUGCUCUGUCCUAUGGCUCCGCCUCCCAUUUUGGUCUUUCGUUGAUCUCAGAGGGUGUGUCUGACAUGAUCAGCGGGUGUGAGGCCAUGAGAACUGGCGUUUUCAGUUGGGCAUCGUGGGCCAUCUCCAAAAGCAUCAGUAUUGGGAUAUCUUUGCUCACUUCUGGAUUUGGCACCAUCAAGAGAGCUGUCAAGUCUGUAUAUAAAGCCACAAAAGGCUUGCUAACGGGUACAAAAACCCUCUCAUCUGUUGCAGAAGGUGUCAUUAAAUCAGGGAAAUAUGCAUUCAUGUCUUUCAAAGGCACAGUCACAGCGGCCUCCCCUCUGUCCCUAGGUACAGUGAAGAAGCUGGGCACAAAAACUGUAGUCAAACAGACUUUCAAACAUGCAACCAAGUAUGCAGGACAAGAAAUGGCUAAGCAGAUAGUUACCCACUCAUUCCAUUACGUCAGUGAUGCAGUGCUUCAAGAUGUACUGAAGAAGAGUUUGAACAUGGCUUUCAAGGAUUCAAUCACCUCUGUAAUAAAAAAGAAUGAUGCAUUGAAUCACACUCUCACAGAGCUUGUAUGUUCUGGAGUUCCAAAAUCGGCUUUACAGAAACCCUCUGCUGAGUUCAAGAUUGACAGUGGAUGUGAAUACAUGAUUAAAGAUUUAGUAAAAUCAGUGACAGAACGUGUUAUUUCUGAUCUGAUGAUAGAUUUAAGCACAGUGCACGAGGUCAUUGACAGACUAUCUGAGGUGAGUGCCAAAGCAUCAGACCUUAUGGACAAAAUAGGAGUGUCUGGCAUAGUCCAGAUGGGAAUCUCUGCAAGUCUCAGCAUAACAAAGAUCCUCACAGUGCUGGUCCAAAUUUUGAAGACUAUCCCUACAGCAACAUUUAUCAAUGACAAAUGUUCUCCCAAGUUGAUAAAAGAAAUUGAUGCGCAACUGCCAAAGAGGUAUGACCAGGAUGACAGACACAGUCUCCUUGAUGUGGGACGCCUGAAGAAUGAGCUCCUGGAGGGCAUCUCAGAGAGUUUCUCCCAAGAAUUUAUAGAGUGCUGUGCCAGACACAUAAACUCCUUCAUGACACAGAUUUUAAAGAAAGAAAUCACUAAAUUCACAAAGGACAUUGGCGAUACCACUAGCAAUAUGCUUGGCAGGUACAAAACGGAAAACUAUUUCCUAGAGCAGAGACAGAGGAAUUACAUGAAAUUAGCCAGUAAGCAUGCAGGGGAGUCUAUGUGUGAGACUGAACAGUCGGACCUCCAUCAUUACAUCAAUAACAUCAGCGAUAUUGACCGCCCUGCUUCAGAGCUGCACAUCUUUGUCCUCACAAAGAGUGACCUACUCCAGGGCCAAGGCAUCAGGGUCAAGGUAGUGGAUAAACAUGGGAAACCACUCGAUGAGCAAUCCUACCCAGGCACUGACCGCUCAGCAGGAUACAUCACACUCAAACUGACCAUGGAGCCAGAGACAGCUAAAAGGUACGUGCCUCCGAGUUCCUGUGCCACGUCCCUUAUUGAACUUUAAGGAUAUCAAAAAUAGUAAUAUUGAUGCUCAAUACCACUAAAUUGCCACAACAUAAGAUCAGGAGCAUAUUUAUCCUAACUGUAAUGCUUCAGAUUUCUAUGUUUGAAUUUGAUCUUUGAACUUAACAAACAUGAAUGUGUUUGAUUUGUUAUUUUAGUGAGAAGAGUCUGUUGUCUCGCAUACAAGACCGAAUCCAAGGUGUUCAAACUGCAUACAGAGGCCAUUUUACCAUUAUUCAACCAGAUGGAUGUGAGACCAGGGUGAUGUCAGAGGGCCAGAAUUGCAUGUACCACGCCUUAAUCCAGGCAACAUCCAGAGGCCAGGAAGAGGACAUCAAAGAACAGGCAAGGAUUCUGCGCAAUAAAGUACAAAACGAGGUUAGUCAUGGAGUUCACAUUCCAACUUUCAUGUGAAAACUCUACCUGUCAGGUAUUUUCUAAGAGAGCUAUAUGGAUGUCUAUAGUAGAUUAUCUGAUAGGUGAUGGGAGGCUGUAACCCAUUGUUGCAGGAGUAUGUUGAGUUACAAAUUAAUCAUAUUUUAUUAUAGUUCAUAUUUUAUUCAAGAAUUGAUUGCAUAACUUCACAUAACUAUAUGUUGUCCAUUUACUCCUGUGCUGCUUGUGAGGGGAUUACACUAGAAAAGCAGUCAAACUGCAUUGUGUAGGUCCCUCUGUUGUGAUUUUGACAUACAUACCAACCCAAAUCCUCCCUUGUUCUCAAUUGCGCUUUCUUCAGCUGAGAUGCUAGACAUUUUACUUUGACAUUUUAAUCAUUUAGCAGAUGCUCUUAUCCAGAGCGACUUACAGUUAGUGCAUUUAUCUUAAGAUGGCUAAGUGGGCAAGCACAUAUCUCAGUCAUAGCAAGUAAAGGUUUUCGGGGGGGGGGGGGGGGGGGGGGGGGGUCAAGUGUUAGUGUGCAGAGGAGCAGGGUGGCAUGGGAGAACUUGGGAAGGUUCAACACCAGGCAGGCUGCAGUGUUCUGCAUAAGUUGCAGGGGUUUGAUAGCACAAGCGGGGAGCCCAGCCAACAGCGAGUUGCAGUAGUCCAGACGGGAGAUGACAAGUGCCUGGAUUAGGACCUGCGCCGCUUCCUGUGUGAGGUAGGGUCGUACUCUACGGAUGUUGUAGAGCAUGAACCUGCCGGAGCGGUUGUUUGCAGAGAACAACAGGGUGUUGUCCAGGAUCAAGCCAAGGUUAUUUACACUCUGGGAAGGGGACACUGUGGAGUUGUCAACCGUGAUGGAGAGGUCUUGGAGCGGGCAUGCCUUCCCCGGGAGAAAGAGCAGCUCCAUCUUGUCAAGGUUGAGCUUGAGGUGGUGGGACGACAAGCUGAGAUAUCUGCCAGGCACGCAGAGAUGCGUGUCACCACCUGGGUGUCAGAAGGGGGGAAGGAGAGAAUUUGUUGAGUGUCAUCUGCAUGGCAAUGAUAGGUGAGACCAUGUGAGGAUAUGACGGAGCCGAGUGACUUGGUGUAUAGAGAGAAGAGGAGAGGUCCUAGAACUGAGCCCUGGGGGACACCAAUACAAUCUUAGAAAAAAGGGUUCUUCGGCUGGCCCCAUAGGAAACCCCUUUUUCGUUCCAGGUAGAACUCUUUUGGGGUCCAUGUAGAACCCUCUUUUGGGGUCCAUGUAGCCAGAGGGUUCUACAUGGAACUCAAAAGGGUUCUACCUGGAACCAAAAAGGGUUCUACCUGGAACCAAAAAGGGCUAUCCUAUGGGGACAGCCGAAGAACCCUUUUAGGUUGUAGAUAGGUUGUAGGUAGUGAGAGCACGUGGUGUAGACACAGAUCCUCUCCACGUCACCUGUUAGGAGCGGCCUGCCAGGUAGGAUGCAAUCCACGAGUGUGCAGAGCCUGAGACACCCAGCCCUGAGAGGGUGGAGAGGAGGAUCUGAUGGUUCACAGUGUUGAAGGCAGCGGAUAGAUCUAGGAGAAUGAGAACAGAGUACAAAGAGUCUGUUUUGGCAGUGAGGAGAGACCUCCGUGGCACAGAGGAGAGCAGUCUCGGUUGAGUGACCAGUCUUCAAGCCUGACUGGUUAGGGUCAAGAAGAUUGUUCUGAGAGAGAUGGUCUGGAGAAGAGAGGAGAGGACAGGGUUGAGCGGGCAGGUUGUCAGGCGGCAGGACAUCACCAGUCGCAGGAUGUCAUCUGGAGAGCGAGGGGAGAAAGAGGUCAAGGCGUAGGGUAGUUCUGUGUGAGUGGGACUAGUGAACUCAAUAGGCUGAGUGAAUGAGGAGCAGAUGUUGUUAACCUUCUUUUCAAAGUGGUUGACAAAGUGGUCCACAGAGAGGGAGGAGGGAGUAUGAUGUAAAAGCACCAUAAUGCAGAAACCGCAUUGGCCCAACUCUCUACAUAAAUAAAACGCACCAAACGUCAAAACGAAACUAUCACAAGGGAAAAUAUUCCACCUUAGCUCAACCGAGCUACUCGCUCUCACAAUGAAACAAUCACUCACAAAGACAAGGGAACACUUAUACACAUACUAAUUAGGGGAAUGAGCACCAGGUGUGUGUGAUUGACAAGACAAGACAUGACAAGUGGAGUGAUGAGAAUGGGAUCGGCAGUAGCUAGUACGCCGAAACCUGAGGGGAGGCAGCCUCGGCGGAAGUCGUGACACACAACUUUACAGCUAAUAUAAUAAUUAAGGCUUAGUGAUAAAGGAAAGUGUUGCUUAUCAAAGUAUUGUUUUUGUAUAACGCCAGAAAACACAAUAGAUUUCUGAAACAGCCAAUCAUCUUUUCAAAGGCAUGGGCCUAGAUUAUAUGAAUAAUAAAGCCAAAACAAUUGUGCUGACACAAAACCGAUUUAAGAGACAGAAUCAAGCAAAUGAUUGAGAAUCUGAUUCGGUCAAACCGAUCAAUCAAAGUCAGCACUAGAGCUAUAGCAGAUUCUAAUCAAUAGUAGAGGCAAAACUGGCAACUUUCAAAAUGUUUUGUUAAAACGUCGGACAGUUCUGAUGACAAACUGGUGCCAAUGUUCACUACAAAUAAGGAAAAGUUAGCUGAAAAGCUAGCCAUUUUUUACGUAGGUGACUGGUGCUGUCUGUAUUUAUUUUUAUUUUUUUCACUUUACCAACUUUAUUAUCAAUAAUGUAAAGUGAAUGAAUAAACAACAGGCAUGUUACCAACAAAUAGGCAAACAGGGAAAAGAUUGCAUCUCCCCUCGCUGUGUGUGUGUGUGUGUGUGUGUAAGCGAGGAACAACCCCUCCCCCUUCUGCUCUCAGCACAGGGCGUUCUCUUUCUCUCUGGCUUUCCAUGUGUUCUGCUUCCAGACAAGAUAUUUUAUCAAAAGUUUAUCAUCGUUAUAGUGGCACAUUUUAUCACAGUAAUUAUUGAGAUCCUUUUAUCGUCCAGCCCAGGUACAUGGAGCACAAACUCUGGGAGUAGAGAAAUUGAUAUUGUGACACUAUUUAUGCUUACUGACUUCAGUUAUUUCCUCAAACAGGUUCAGAAAAACCUCCAAACCUACGCUGAUUUAGUAAUACUCCAGAAGCGCUAUGAUAAUCAUAUGGAUCCUGGAAAAUAUUCCAUAGUGGGAGGGGGAAAGCCAGAAAAGAAGAUUAUCAGCCAGGACCACAGGGAUGCCAUCGCACCUAUGAAGACAUUUGAGUAUUCAACUAAAAUAUCGGAAUAUGACAUUGCCGAGCUCUACGACCUUGGUUAUGUUGCCACAUACACAGAGUAAAGUAGUUUCAUCUUCAUUUGGAUACCUAUUGCAUAGAUUAUUGUGAAUUAGAGACACUCAGGAUACAAUUGUAAAAGUUAUGAGUACUCUAAUCAUAUCAAAAUGAAUUUAGAGUUCUAGAUUAUUAUUUCUACACUCUCAGGAAAUGUCUUCAAAAUAUCAAUAAAGUUAAUGUUUCAAUGUUCAAGACUGUUUUGAACUCUUAGCUGCUUGGUACUGUACAUAUGGCUGCUGAUAUGUCUCAUGCACUGUCUUUUUCCCUUUCCUCAAAAGUAUAAAAAACACCCUAAAGUCUGGAAUGGGCAUUGUGGAAGCUGACCACGUCAUACCAAAGGACACAUUAAAGAGGGCACUAGUACACGAUGACUUGAAAGAACUCAAGAAAAAGAAUCCACAGCUUCAUGCUCUAGUAAAAAGCAUUCAAUCGGACCAAAAGGGAAUUGGCCACCUUGUCAUGCAGGUUCUCUACCAGCAUCACCGCAUUGCCUUGACAACUGGCAAUUGCAUUGAGGCCCAACAGUGCAGGUGAGUCAGCAGGUGUGAGAUGUGUUUGAAUGCAUGUAAAUCUAUACUGGGGGUGCAGGUGAAUCUGUUUCGGAGUACAGAUUUAUGAAAGAGUAUGAAUAAGAAUAUGUACCUUUUAACCUUAAAGUCUUAUAGAAUGUUACCCACCCAUCCCUGGUCCCUCUCUUUGUCCCCAUUUCCCACCAGGGCACUGCUGGCUGACACACUCGUAAGUGGGAAUGCUGAGAAGAUGCUGAAGCAGGCCAUGAUUAUGGCCAACCCUGUGUCCUCCCAGAAGCUUAGGGAUGAUGCAGGUAUCGACAUCACCAGCUUGUCUACUGCUGUCCAUUCCCUACUGCUCUGUUUAUUCCAUAUUGCUCCAUGUAUUCCCCACUGCUUCAUCCAUUCCCCACUGCUCUAUUCACUCUCUUAUUCAACAUCCAUUCUUUACUGCUGUGCUCUUUAAUUCCAUGUGACUGUUUACAUUUGGAUGAGUAUUUUGGUUCAGAGGACUUACCAGUUUAUUGUACAUGUUUACCCUAUGCCUAGGCAUCAAAAAGCGCUCGUCCAAGGGAAAAUAUCAACACUUUUCAGAAGACGGGACAAACUGCUACUACAAAGCUGGGUUCAUGAAUGUGUUCGGUGAGUUUCUGAAGAUGGGCAUCGUUGACCAGAACCAGCAUGAGAAGCUAAACUCAUGGGCAAAAGAAAACAAGCACCUGGACAUAAACACAGAGGAGUAUAAAGAGAUACGAGAAAAAAUCAGAGGAAAAUUA